AUGGGGUCCACGGCUUUUGGAAACUUUGAUGACUUUUGCAAAGACUCGACUUUGCCAGUCUGCAAUCUUCUAUCUCAACAAUUCCACAACCAAACCGGUCCAUGGGGAGGAUGUGAGCUCACAGGAAUUUCGCUGAGCCAUGGCCGACACCUGGGCAACAUUGGAUCAAUCAUCCUGUGUGGCCUUGGGAUUGUCAUGGCGACCUUUUUGAUUCUCAAGGCGGACAAGAAAAAAGCUGCCGUGGGCCGUCGCGAAAUUCAGCUGUUCCUCAUCGGCUAUAUUCUCAUCAGCAUAUGCGAGAUUUUCUCUGUUGGCGAAUUCCCUCUCAACGAUACCGUGCGAAUAGCUUUUAGUGGUAUUCACAUUGGCGCCAUUAUUGCAACUACUUGGAUUCUCAUGUUGAACGCUGUUGUCGGAUACCAGCUGUUGGACGACGGAACCCCAUUGUCCCUAAGCCUGCUGGCGAUUUCCUCUGGCGCGCUCUUUGUUGGUACCGGCUAUAUUGCUCUCGACACGGGCUACAGCUGGAGCGGCUUUUGGGACAGCAGCUACAAACUCCCGAACCGCAACAUCGCCCUCUACGUCCUGUACCAGCUUAUCCCGCUGAUAUUCCUCGUUGCCUUUUAUGUUCUCGAGACUAUCCUUGUGCUUCGAGUCCUGGGAGAGCUCCGCCCGAUGAUAUAUUUGACCGGAGCAGCGCUACUUUUCGCCAUCGGUCAGAUCUUCAAUUACGUGAUCAGCAAGUACAUCUGCGAUGGGAGCAGCGGCAAAGUGGACGGAGCCCUCUUUGAAACGUUUUUCACGCUUCUGGCCGUAGGCAUGCUUUUUGUCUUCUGGUCAAGCAUUACUGAGGACGACUGGCCGAUGCCUGCAACAGAAUCUUACACAGCCCCGGGCUAUACUGCCAAUGCUGGAUAUGCUGGCCAGUCAUAUGCCGGCCAGUCCUACGCCCAGGGCUACUCAUCUCAAUCGUACAAUACUCAGCCUUACAACUGA